GCCAGUCAGUGUCGGUACGCAGGUUCGUAGGUUGCCUGAGUGUUCUACUCCAACCGUUCGCGAUGAUCAUUUCGGUGGUAUUAUGAUCAUUAACUACUUACUUGUUACAGUAGUUGACAUUUUGUUGUUAGUAGUAUAAUGUGGUGGUGAAGUACACACUGUUGAGUGCGCGACAAGUGAUUGUGCCAAAACACAUUGGUGUUCUUUCAUUUGAAACUUGUUACCAAAAGUGUUGUUUGUCUGCUGAAUUGUAGCUGGCUCCAACAUCGCUUCAAAAAUUGGAUUAACCUUUUAUCUAGGAAGGGAGGACAGGGACAGACGGGUGUGAUGCAUUGGCGGGCAAAGCGGGAAGCCAAGCGAUGAGAGCCGAUGCGAGGCGAAGUGGGUGAGGAGAUGUGGGGGCGGCUGCUGUGGGUGGUGGCUGUGUGCUGGUGGGUGGGCGUGGGGGCGGGAGAACAGGUGCGCGACCUGGAGGUGUCCGAGGGUGCACCUGUGGGCACCAGGGUCGGCUUCAUCGGAGAUGGAGGCGGCGGAGACAGUGGACCUCCGUAUCUGAUAGUUCCGGUGCCUGGGAGUCAUGUGGAUAGUGAACUAGCGAUUGAGCAAGCGACCGGGGAGAUCCGUACCCGGGUACCACUCGAUCGCGAGACGCGAGCUUCCUACUCCCUGGUCGCGAUCCCCAACAGCGGACAGAAUAUCAGAGUUGUCGUGCGGGUGUUGGAUGAAAACGACAACGCUCCCACUUUCCCCAGUCCCCUUAUGCACAUAGAGUUCCCCGAAAACACACCCCGUGACGUGAAACGCACCCUGCACCCCGCUCGUGAUCUGGACCUCGGUGUCUACAACACACAACGCUACAACAUUGUGUCGGGCAACCUCAACAACGCCUUCCGUCUCUCGUCACAUCGGGAGCGUGAUGGAGUGCUCUACCUCGACCUCCAGAUCAACGGCUUCCUCGACCGGGAGACAACAUCCGCGUAUAGCUUGGUGAUCGAGGCUCUAGAUGGAGGCAACCCGCCUCUGCGAGGCUCAAUGACAGUCAACAUCACGAUACAGGAUGUCAACGACAACCAACCUAUUUUCAACCAGAGCCGUUACUUCGCGUCGAUCCCUGAGAACACAACAGUUGGUACCAGUGUGUUGCAAGUGUUCGCCACAGACACGGACGCCAACGAGAACGGGGAAGUCGAGUACUCCAUCAACCGACGCCAGUCCGACAAGGAAGGCUUCUUCAGGAUCGACGCCAAGACAGGACUGGUCGCCGUCAACCGGGCGCUCGACUUUGAGACUAAAGAAGUGCACGAACUAGUGGUGGUUGCGAAAGACAGGGGUGCUCAGCCCCUUGAAACGACCGCGUUUGUCAGUAUCCGGGUUACAGAUGUCAACGACAAUCGACCAACCAUCAAUGUGAUAUUUUUGAGUGAUGACGCCACGCCGAAAAUUUCAGAACGUGCCAAACAGGGUGAGUUUGUAGCGAGGAUAUCGGUCGACGAUCCCGACUCCAAGACUGAGUACUCCAACGUGAACGUGACGCUGGAGGGGGGUGAAGGUCACUUCGGGUUGACUACACAGGAUAAUAUAAUUUAUUUAGUGAUAGUGCGACAGCCGAUCGACAGGGAAGAAACGCCCAACUAUACGUUAAGUGUGAUCGCGACAGACCAAGGCACGCCGCCGUUGCACGCGUCACGGACGUUCCACCUGCGUGUCAUCGACGUGAACGACAACCCGCCUGUGUUCAGUCAGGUAGAGUAUCACGCUGACGUGUUAGAGGUGGCCGAACCGGGUACAAGCGUGCUACAAGUGACCGCUUCAGACCGCGACGAGGGUCCCAACUCUGAGUUGACCUUCUCGCUGCGGGAUACAUCUGGGUGGUUUGAGAUCGACGCGCGAACGGGGGUGAUCCGCACACGGGCGCACAUUGACUGCGAGACCGAUCCGGUGCCGCGGAUCACCGUGCUCGCCACGGACAGCGGGUCACCCUCUCUCUCUUCCUCGGCCGUGGUGCUUGUCACCAUCCAUGAUGUCAACGACAACGAACCAAUCUUCGAUCAGAGCUUCUACAACGUCACCGUGCCUGUGUCAGCGACAGACCCGGACUGUGGAGUGAACGCAAUCGUCAACUACACACUCGGCGAGGGUUUCGGCCAAACUAGUCAUUUCGAGGUGCGAUCUGUGACUGGAGAGGUUUGCAUCGCGGCAACCCUGGACUAUGAGACUCGCACCGCCUACGAGUUUCCCGUCAUUGCAACUGAUAGAGGUGGACUGAGUACAACAGGAAUGGUGAAGAUCCAGCUGACAGACGUGAACGACAAUCAUCCGACGUUUUACCCUCGUGAAUACAACGUGACAUUGCGGGAAAUCGACCCGCCGCAUGCGGACACUCCGGUCGUGGUAGUCGCCGCGACAGACAGCGACUCGGGUCGCUUCGGUCGUGUGCGAUACGCGAUCGAGUCCGGGAACCACAAUGGCGUCUUCACCAUCAACAAUGACACUGGCGAACUAUUCAUCAGCAAACCCAAUCAGCUGUCGGCAAGAUUGCAUCCGUUCUACAAGCUGAACGUGUCAGCGACAGACGGCGGCGGACUGCGGUCACGGCAAGACGCGGUCGUGUACCUGAGCGUUAGCGACGCCGGGGUCAGACCGCCAAUAUUUGAACGCACGCGGUACCAGUUUAGUGUGAGAGAGGAUGUUCCUAGUAAUACUAUCGUUGGCGCGGUCAAGGCCACAUUCCACGACAAAGGUAUUCGUGGUGCUGUUCGAUAUUCCAUCUACUCAGGUGACCCUGACCGAUACUUCAGCAUAGAUCCGACGACGGGAACCAUCAGAACUGCAUCGCUGCUGGAUCAUGAGGUGCAUCAGACGGUACUGCUCAACGUUCAAGCCAUUGACGGCAACCCUCCAACCUACGGUCAUACUCAGGUGAACAUAAUGAUCGAAGACGUGAACGACAAUGCGCCUGAAUUCGACUCGAGCACAGUGCGCCUAUCCGUGGCCGAAAACGCCGGACUAGGCGUGCCUCUCUACGCGGCACAGGCGCACGACCGCGACUCUGGUCGCAAUUCGCAGCUGCGAUACCGUCUGGUCGCGCCCGCAGGCGGCGACGAACGCCUGUUCAGUGUGGACUCGCGUUCCGGCCACCUUACGCUCGCCAGGCACCUCGACUACGAGGCGGCGCAGCGCCACACGCUCGUCGUGCUUGCCUCGGACUCCGGCGAUCCGCCGCUCACUGCCAACCUCACCGUUCUGCUCGAAGUGCAGGAUGUCAACGAUAAUCCACCUGUUUUUGAACGCGCCGAGUACACUGUCACCGUUAUCGAAUCGCAGCCCGUUAAUUCACAGGUGGUCCAGGUGACAGCGAUCGAUUUGGACACAGGCAACAAUGCGCGACUCUCCUACAAACUGGAAGGCAGUUCGUCGGAUGUGUUCGGCAUGUAUGCGAGCAGCGGCUGGGUGUACCUGCGCCGGCCGCUCGACCGGGAGUCACGUGACAUCUAUCGUUUACUAGUCACGGCCACUGACAACGGCUCGCCUCCGGCUUCCGCUACGACAAACCUGACCGUGUACGUGUCCGAUGCCAACGACAACGACCCCGUAUUCUCCAGCGAGUCUUAUCGGUUCACAGUCGAGGAGAAUCUGCCGCGCGGUGCGCCUGUCGGACUGCUGCUCGCGAACGAUCGCGAUCUUGGCGCGAACGCUGCUAUUACUUAUUCGCUCAUACCGGCCAACUCCAGCUUCCAAGUCAACCCUACUACUGGCGAAAUCUUCACACGUGAGCCUCUGGACCGUGAAUCACGUGACGUGCACGAGCUGGUGGCCGAAGCACGUGAUCAAGGCGUUCCUUCGCGUAGCGCACGCGUGUCUGUGCGUGUGAUAGUGAGCGAUGUGAACGACAACGCGCCCGACAUAGUCGACCCGCAGGAAGACGUGAUUAGCGUGAGGGAGGAACAGCCUCCCGGCACCGAUGUGGUUAGAGUCAGGGCCGUCGACCGGGAUCACGGCAACAACGCCACGCUAACUUAUUCCAUCAUCAAGGGACGUGACACAGACGGCCACGGUGUGUUCACGGUGGACCCCGUCAGCGGACUGAUCAGGACCCGGGUGGUGCUGGACCACGAGGAGCGGGCCAUCUACCGCAUCGCGGUUUCCGCAACCGACAACGGGACACCGCCGCGUCACUCCGUGCGGCUGCUUCGCGUCGAGGUGCUAGAUCUCAACGACAACCGACCCACGUUCACCAGCUCUAGUCUUGUUUUCAAGGUGCGGGAAGAUGUUCCGAUAGGUUUUGUGGUGGGCAACGUGGUAACACUGGAAGGCGGGGGCAGUGGAGGCGGUGGAGGCGGCGACAGGAAGGGUGUGGGGGCGGGAGGUCAUGUGAUGUACACCCUGACGUCACUGUCGCCCGCCGAGAGCGCUUUCGACAUGGACAGGAGCUCGGGAGCGUUGGUUGUCGCUCGCCAACUCGACCGAGAGACAAGGCCUGAACACAAGCUCGAGGUGAGAGCUCUGGACACAUCAACAUCGAGCAAUCCGCAGAGCAGUGCGGUGAUGGUGCGUGUAGAGAUCACAGACGUGAACGACAACGCGCCGCGCUGGGAACGCGACCCGCUAGUGAUCGGCGUUCCCGAGGACGCGGCGGUCGGGUCGGCGGUCGGCAACUUUUCGGCGACCGACGCGGACGCCGGACCUAACGGUGAACUGCGUUACUUCCUGGAGAGUGUGGAGCCGGAGAGUGGGAGAACCAAGUUCGCGGUUGAUAGGCUGACGGGUAGUUUGACGUUGGUUGAGGGUGUGGAUUAUGAGAGUGUGUCGAGGUAUACGUUGGUGGUGAGUGUUAAAGAUCAGGCGAUCAAUGAAAGUGAGAGGUUAACGACUAGUUUAACGGCUGUAAUCGAAGUUCAGGACACAAACGACAACGCACCUGAGUUCCUCGCGCCUUCAGAUCGCACAAUUCACCUCGGGGAGAACCUUGAAGCGGGAGCUAGUGUGGUGCGAAUUGUAGCCGUCGAUCGAGACUCGGACGAGUAUGGACGAGUCACCUACGCUCUAACCUCGGGCAACGAAGAAGGCCGGUUCACACUGCACCACGACACAGGUCUGUUGAGUAUCGCACGCCCUGAGCCGUUGCAUCAGCAACGCAUCUACGCUCUGAACGUGACGGCAUCCGACCACGGCAGCCCUGCGCGACAGUCACACUGCACGCUUCAGCUGGUGUUCCGCGCUUCGAGCUCCACGCCACCGCGCUUCACGCAGAGUCACUAUCACGUCAACGUGUCUGAGGACACCGUACCCGGCACUUUCCUACUCAAGUUGACUGCGCGUGCUCAUGGAUCUGAUACUGGUUCAGGCGGAAGCAGCAACCUAAGCUACCAACUGCCCGCAGGCACGCCGUUCGACCGCUUCUCAGUGGACGCGGAACGCGGCUCGCUGUCGGUGGCCGCACCUCUAGACCGCGAGACCCAGGACCGCUACCUGGUGCCCGUGUACGCGGUCGACCUCCGCAGCGGUCAGUUCGACUCGGCCGUGGUGUCCGUGUUGGUGACUGAUGUCAACGACCAUGCACCCGAGUUCCGUCCUGGUGCCUGCUAUCCGCUGCUGGUGCCCGAGAACAGCGACCUGGCGGUCGUGCAUCGGUUCACCGCCGUUGACCGCGACGCGAACGCGGAACUCACCUACAGUAUAGUGGCGGGCAACGCGGGAAACAAGUUCAGUGUCGAUCUGCACUCGGGAGAACUCAGCGCAAGACCGCUUGACCGCGAAACCCAAUCGAGAUACCAGCUAGUGAUCGGAGCUCAGGACAGAGGCGGUCUGUCGGCGACUUGCAACGUGACCGUGACCGUAGACGACCAGAACGACAACGACCCGCGCUUCGCAAAGGCACGCUAUGCGGCCACACUGCUGGAGGACACGGCACCCGACUCGGUCGUGCUUGCAGUGCGCGCUACGGACGCCGACAUCGGUCUGAACGCUCGCCUUGUCUACUCGCUAGCCAAUGAGAGCCACUCUCUUUUCCGCAUAGAUAACCGCACUGGUGUUAUCACUACAACUGGAACGUUCGACCGCGAACGACAGAGCAUAUACGAGUUCCUAGUGGUGGCGACGGACGGAGGUCGUUACGACGCACGUUCGCAGAAGGUUCCCGUGCAGAUCAUGAUCGGCGACGUGAACGACAACAAGCCUAUGUUCACGCGCUACCCGUUCACGGCCGACGUGGCCGCUUACACGCAGCCGGGCCACGACCUGUUGCGGGUGACCGCAAGCGACAACGACCAGGGAACGAAUGCCGACAUUGUGUUCAGUCUCAUCAACGAGCCGCCCGCGAACAAGUUCCGUAUCGAUCCGAACAGCGGGGUCGUCACGGCUGCUGCCAGUCUAGCUAUGGAGUCGGGGAAGAUGUUUCAUCUCGAGGUGUUGGCGACGGACAAAGGAAACCCACCACAAAGUGCCACCGGAUUGGUGGAGAUUCGUGUGGGGGAGUGGCCUGACUCAUCACCCGCACUCAGGUUCCAGAAUGCUUCCUAUUCCAUUCAUAUUCCGGAGAAUUCACCUGCCGGCAAGGAAGUGCUACAGGUUUCGGCGGUUCGUAGCGACGGACGACGACAGAGAGUGCAGUACAGCUUCGGUUCGGGCAACGAUGACAUGUUGUUUGAUAUCAACUCCAGCACAGGUGUGAUUGAAGUGCGCGAUGAACGAAACCUGGACUUUGAGACUAAUCCCAUCAUGAAGAUGGUGGUGGUGGCACGGGCCGAGGGGGGCGCAGGGGGCGUGCCCCUCUUUGGCUACUGCGAGGUGGUCGUUCAUCUCACCGACCAGAACGAUAAUGUGCCGAGGUUCACCCAGCUGGAGUACACCGCUGCCGUCUGGGAAGGAAACAAUAAGGGCACUUUUGUCAUUCAGGUAUCAGCCACCGACAUGGACCAAGGACAAAACUCUAGACUGUUAUACCACAUAGUCGACGGUAACCAUGACAACGCCUUCGUGAUUGAGCCGCCAUUUUCGGGUCUCGUGAAGACCAACAUUGUGCUAGACAGAGAGAUCAGAGACACCUAUCGACUGACGGUGAUCGCAACCGAUGAGGGAAUCCCGCAGAUGACUGGAACAUCGACGAUUCGCAUCAAUAUCGUUGACGUCAACGACAACCAGCCCACGUUUCCGCCGCACAGUGUCAUCAGUAUUAGUGAAGGUAAAGAAGUGGGCAGCGUAGUGACGUCAGUGACGGCGAACGACGUUGACACGAACCCGGCGCUGACCUACAGUCUGACGGAGGACGCCGACGCAGAGGGACUGUUCAGCAUAGAUCGGUUCAGCGGCAAGGUCACACUUUGUCGCAGUCUCGACUUCGAGACACGCAACGUGUACCGGCUGCGAAUAACCGCCUCCGAUACGGCGCAUACUGCGCAUACUGUGCUCACAGUCAACGUCACAGAUGACAACGACAAUGCACCCGUUUUUGUGCAGUCUAGUUACCAGGCUGUUUUGCCAGAAAACGCGGAUACCAGUCUGGCGGUGUUGGUGGUAAACGCUACGGACGCCGACGCGGGUGAGAACGCAGACAUCCACUAUUCGCUGGUGACGCCGGUGCCCGGCUUCAGCAUCGACCAGGUGAGCGGUCAGCUGAUCGCAAACCGCAGCGGCAUCGUGGCUCGUGGCAAGGUCAUCGACCUGGCCGUCGCCGCAACCGACAACGGCUCGCCGGCUCUGUCGUCGGUCGUCGCCGUUCGCGUACACGUCAGUGAUAUUGGCAGCGCCGACUCGCGGUUCUCGCAGGAGGAGUACAGAGUUAUGGUCCGAGAGAAUAGCCCAGCUGGAACGACACUUCUCCGAAUGGCCAAAUCACCAAUGGCAAUCGACGUUACAAGCAUUCGUUACUCCAUUGUGGACGGAAACACUGAUGGGAUGUUCUAUAUUUCUAGCCCACAUGCCGAACUUCUACUGAUGAAGCCUCUCGACCGGGAGAAACAGGACUCGUACAAUUUGAAGGUGAUAGCUGGGACAUCGUCAGAAAAUACGUCAGCAGUCCAGGUCUACAUCGGUGUUGAAGACUCCAACGACAAUGCACCCGAGUUCCUCACCUCCAACAAAGUUGUAUUUUUGUCAGAAGCUGUUCCUAUCGGUCAUUCGGUUGUGCAGAUGAGUGUAACUGAUGCCGAUCUGCCUCCAAAUUCCGACAUACGAUUCGAUAUCACGUCCGGGAAUGACUACAAGUUGUUUGAUAUUGAUGGAUUGAGUGGGGUUAUCAGAGUGAAAAAUGAGCUUGAUUAUGAUGAAGGGGUGGCUGAGCAUCUGUUGGUGGUUAGGGCGACGGAUGGUGGCAAACCGCCCAAUGAUACUCCUCUAUCAACCCUGACCACUGUCAAGAUUGUCCUGGAAGACGAGAAUGAUAACACGCCCAAGUUCCCGAUAACUGAGUACUUGGAGUUCGUCGGUGAAAAUGAAGCGAUCGGGUCUCCUGUGUUCACAGCGAGAGCCACAGAUGUGGAUAGGGGAGCUUAUGGAAAACUGAACUACACCAUUGUAUCCGCUGCGGCGUCAGGGUACACAGAUAUCGAUGAUUCGUGGAAGUUGUUCCGGGUUGAUCAUGUGACAGGUUUAGUCACAACUAAUGCGGUUUUCGAUUAUGAAGUGAGGAGUCGGUACGCGUUCACACUGACUUGUAGUGAUGCGGGAGGUCGUACGGCCCGUGUCAGAGUCCGAAUUGAGAUUGAAAGCAGGGAUGAGUUCCAUCCUCAGUUCACUGAAAGAACGUACCAUUUCUUGAUGGGAGGACACGACCUGCCUGUUGGUCACGUGAUUGGACACGUGACAGCUACCGACAGAGACAAGGGCCCAGAUGGGAGGGUUGUGUAUCAACUUACGACUCAACACCCCUAUUUUAAGAUCAACCGCACAACGGGAGCCAUCAUGAUCAAGAAGAAAAUCGAUGCCGGGUUCGAUUCAAGCCAGGAUGUGAGUCUUGUGGUCACUGCUAGCUCUGGCAGACAAGGGUCGUUGACUAAUAUGAGUGUUGUUGAGGUUACAAUAGAUCCCCUCGCUCCACAUGACACAAAUUUGGUGUUAACUGGGAAUGAAAGUGAAACUGCUCAGGUGACUUCCACGAGUGGAGUAGCAGGCUGGGCGAUGGGACUAUUGAUUACACUAAUCCUGGUAGUGCUAGCGUUUGGAGCCGUGUUUCUGUUUUUACUGAGAAACAGAAGACACAAGAAAGUGAAUAAGCCUGGGUUGAGUGGGGGACAGAGUACGGACACUUUUGUCGACCCCAGUGCCUUCGACACGAUACCGAUCAGAGGCGGUGUGUCCGGUGCGGCGAGUCAGUUCGGGCCACCCAAGUACGACGAGAUACCGACCUACAGGAACAACAACACUAGCAGUUCCAACUCGGGUGCAGCGACCACUUCGGAGUUGUCCGGAUCUGAGCAGUCGGGGUCGAGUGGGCGUGGCUCGGCCGAGGACGGUGAGGAUGUGGAGGACGAGGAGAUCAGGAUGAUCAACGAGGGACCUCUGCAGCGGGACGCCACCCGGCUCACCACAGAUGACGAUGACAACCUGUCUGAUGUGUCAGUGCAUAACACACAGGAGUAUUUGGCGAGGUUGGGGAUUGUUGAUAACCAAGGAUCGGGGUCGUCUAGGAGGCACUCGGAGAGUUUAGUUGCCGGUCCGAGCAAAGACACGAUGCUGCACCACCAGGGUGUGGCGCUGCAUAUGUUUGACGAGGACGCGACGGGGGAAGCGGACAUCACGAAUCUCAUCUACGCCAAGCUGAACGACGUGAGUGGCAGUGAACGUGGCAGCAGUGCGGAGGACGUGGCGGGCAGUGCGGGGUCCGGGGCUCUGGUAGCGGCCGUCGAUCACGCGUUGGUGCUGGGAGGGUACGGAGAUGUGCCCGACAGCACACAUCAACCAUCCAUGACCGGGUCGUUAAGCUCGAUAGUGCACAGUGAAGAGGAACUGACAGGUAGUUAUAACUGGGAUUACCUGUUGGACUGGGGUCCCCAGUACCAACCCCUCGCGCAUGUGUUUUCGGAGAUCGCGCGACUGAAAGACGAUACCGCUUCAGUGAAAAGUGCGAACAGUGGUGCUUCGAGCGGCAAAACUAAACCGCCCCUCAUGAAAACAGUCGUGCCGCCCCCGCUGCUCACAUCGGUGGCUCCGCGCUCGAUUGCCGCCCCCGUGUUGGCAGCCAACCGCAACCCGCCCCCGUCACAAAUGCUGCUGCUACCGCGGUCACCCAUCUCCCAUGACGCUGGGGGCGGAUUCAGCACUUCUUCCGCCAUGUCACCCAGUUUCUCUCCCUCCCUGUCACCCCUGGCCACACGGUCCCCCUCAAUUUCCCCUCUCGUCACCCCCGGCCACCCCCCCUCGCACCACCUUCGCCAGAGGACACUCAACACCGAUACUGAACUCAGGAUCUAGUAACUUCCCAAAGUCGAUUACCUUCUAUCGUUUAGUGUUUGUCUCUGGCCUUCUGCUUUGCAUCCUCACUGAUCUACAACAAAUAAUAUUCAAACACAGCUUUAAACCUCUAAAAAAUGAGGUUCAAGCUUUCAAACCUCAUCAAC